AUGAACUGGAGAGUGUAUCACUUUUUACAUUACAGUACCUCCAUUGACCUCCCUCUCUCUGUGCCCCCAGGCUGGUGGUUUGUCAGUACAGCGGAGGAGCAGGGCUGGGUCCCUGCCACCUACCUGAACACCCACAGCAACACACGAGAUGACCUGGAGCUGGGCGCCUCCAAGUCCGGGGAAGGUAAGAGCUCCACACCAAUAUGAAUACAGAAAGAAAGAUUGUACACAACAUUUGGGGACCUACAAACUACAAGACCGCCAACACCCCCCCCCCCCCCCCCCCAAAUGUCUAAAAGGGUAAAGUAGUCUGACUCCCACCCCCAACUGACGCUAACGUCCCAUGUUCCCCCAGUGUGAACACCCUUCUCUGUGCUGUUGUCCACUUUAAGCACCCCCGAACAAGCUCCAGAUUCAGCCCUGAGUAAAUAGCCUGGAGAAGGAUUGCCAGGGCCUAAGCCACAACUCCGGGCUGAAGUGCAUUGAGUAACGUACUGUACAGUAGCAGUGUAGAAAUUCUAUACUAAAAAGAGGUUACCUCCUUGGAGUUUUGGACGGUGAACGAAUGUAAGAGGUGCAUGUUUGGUUCACCGUAGGGAUUGAGCUAUGCGGAAGAUGUUUAUGUGAGUCAGUCACUAGUAAAGUAAUGUCUGACGUUAAUUAUUCCGGGCCCUGAGAUAAAUUCAUACAGACCGAUCAUAAGACAAAACUAGAAGGUGGUGAUGAAUGUUGCUCUGUCUGCUAUGGUUGUGUGCUGCUAUAUUUCUGCGUUAAGAUCCAAAAACCUGACAAGAAACAAACCUAAACAAGAGGUUUGUUUGCCAAAAGACCAUGCUAACAUAAAAUUGGGAUCUACUCAUGAAAUCAUCAUAACAGCAUGGGUUAAGCUAAAUAGUUGUUAUGUUGCAGUCCAAGCUAUGUCACAAUCUAGCCAUUCUCAAUAUCGAGAGGCUUUACCUUUAGUGCCUUAGCAUUUUCACUCUCCACUCUCUCACAGACAGGGUGCAAAUAUCUUGGAAAAGGCCACAACUGUAUUGGUCAUUAUUUUACAGUAGGCAUAAUAUCUAUAGUACAUCUGUAAUGCAUUUCAUGUAGUUUGAAGAGAAGAAACUUUAAGCAUGGAAAUAAUUUACUUGCAUCUUACUGUUCCAAACAAACAUUCAGAUUUUCCAGCACUCUGGCCAAAACAUCAUUUACUGUACCGCGUGUCGACUCCAAAACACUGUGACCCACAUUCCCAGGGCCGGCGUUAUGGGCGGGCCUUAGGGGGCCUGGCCCGCCCUACCGUACCUUCUUUCCCGUCCAAAUAAAAUAUAUAAAUAUUUAUAAUUUAUUUGACUGAGACGCGCGCCGACAGCAAGACACAUCAAUUUCAGUUAAAGCAUCCGAGCGAGCGAAAUAGCACACCUGUCUCAGUAUUUGUAGCCCAUGUACAGUGCCUUGCAAAAGUAUUCAUCCCCCUUGGUGUUUUUCCUAUUUUGUUGCAUUACAACCUGUAAUUUAUAUUGAUUUUAUUUGGAUUUCAUGUAAUGGACAUACACAAAAUAGUCGAAAUUGGUGACGUGAAAUGAAAAAAAUUACUUAUUUCAAAAAAGUAUACAAAAUAAAUAACAGAAAAGUGGUGCGUGCAUAUGUAUUCACCCCCUUUGCUAUGAAGCCCCUAAAUAAGAUCUGGUGCAACCAAUUACCUUCAGAAGUCACAUAAUUAGUUAAAUAUUUUUUUACAUUUUUAGUCAUUAGCUCUUAUCCAGAGCGACUUACAGUUAGUGCAUACAUUUUCAUACUGGUCCCCCGUGAUAAAGUCCACCUUUGUGCAAUCUAAGUGUCACAUGAUCUCAGUAUAUACAGUGGGGAGAACAAGUAUUUGACACACUGCCGAUUUUGCAGGUUUUCCUACUUACAAAGGAUGUAGAGGUCUAUAAUUUUUAUCAUAGGUACACUUCAACUGUGAGAGACGGAAUCUAAAACAAAAAUCCAGAAAAUCACAUUAUAUGAUUUUUAAGCAAUUAAUUUGCAUUUUAUUUCAUGACAUAAGUAUUUGAUCACCUAUCAACCAGUAAGAAUUCCGGCUCUCACAGACCUGUUAGUUUUUCUUUAAGAAGCACUCCUGUUCUCCACUCAUUACCUGUAUUAACUGCACCUGUUUGAACUCGUUACCUGUAUAAAAGACACAUGUCCACACACUCAAUCAAACAGACUCCAACCUCUCCACAAUGGCCAAGACCAGAGAGCUGUGUAAGGACAUCAGGGAUACAAUUGUAGACCUGCACAAGGCUGGGAUGGGCUACAGGACAAUAGGCAAGCAGCUUGGUGAGAAGGCAACAACUGUUGGCACAAUUAUUAGAAAAUGGAAGAAGUUUAAGAUGACGGUCAAUCACCCUCUGUCUGGGGCUCCAUGCAAGAUCUCACCUCGUGGGGCAUCAAUGAUCAUGAGGAAGGUGAGGGAUCAGCCCAGAACUACACGGCAGGACCUGGUCAAUGACCUGAAGAGAGCUGGGACCACAGUCUCAAAGAAAACCAUUAGUAACACACUACGCCGUCAUGGAUUAAAAUCCUGCAGCGCACACAAGGUCCCCCUGCUCAAGCCAGUGCAUGUCCAGGCCCGUCUGAAGUUUGCCAAUGACCAUCUGGAUGAUCCAGAGGAGGAAUGGGAGAAGGUCAUGUGGUCUGAUGAGACAAAAAUAGAGCUUUUUGGUCUAAACUCCACUUGCCGUGUUUGGAGGAAGAAGAAGGAUGAGUACAACCCCAAGAACACCAUCCCAACCGUGAAGCAUGGAGGUGGAAACAUCAUUCUUUGGGGAUGCUUUUCUGCAAAGGGGACAGGACGACUGCACCGUAUUGAGGGGAGGAUGGAUGGGGCCAUGUAUCGCGAGAUCUUGGCCAACAACAACCUUCCCUCAGUAAGAGCAUUGAAGAUGGGUCGUGGCUGGGUCUUACAGCAUGACUACGAACCGAAACACACAGCCAGGGCAACUAAGGAGUGGUUCCGUAAGAAGCAUCUCAAGGUCCUGGAGUGGCCUAGCCAGUCUCCAGACCUGAACCCAAUAGAAAAUCUUUGGAGGGAGCAGAAAGUCUGUAUUGCCCAGCAACAGCCCCGAAACCUGAAGGAUCUGGAGAAGGUCUGUAUGGAGGAGUAGGCCAAAAUCCCUGCUGCAGUGUGUGCAAACCUGGUCAAGACCUACAGGAAACGUAUGAUCUCUGUAAUUGCAAACAAAGGUUUCUGUACCAAAUAUUAAGUUCUGCUUUUCUGAUGUAUCAAAUACUUACGUCAUGCAAUAAAACGCAAAUUAAUUACUUAAAAAUCAUACAAUGUGAUUUUCUGGAUUUUAGAUUCCAUCUCUCAUAGUUGAAGUGUACCUAUGAUAGAAAUUACAGACCUCUACAUGCUUUGUAAGUAGGAAAACCAGCAAAAUCGGCAGUGUAUCAAAUACUUGUUCUCCCCACUGUAUAAAGCUGAUCUGAAAGGCCCCAGAGUCUGCAACACCACUAAUCAAGGGGCACCACCAAGCAAGACGGCACCAUGAAGACCAAUGAGCUCUCCAAACAGGUCAGACAAAGUUGUGGCGAUGUACUGAUCAGGGUUGGGUUAUAAAAAAAUAUCAGAAACUUUGAACAUCCCACGGAGCACCAUUAAAUCCAUUAUAAAAAAAUGGAAAGAAUAUGGCACCACAACAAACCUGCCAAGAGAGGGCCGCCCACCAAAACUCACGGACCAGGCAAGGAGGGCAUUAAUCAGAGAGGCAACAAAGAGACCAAAGAUAACCCUGAAGGAGCUGCAAAGCUUCACAGUGGAGAUUGAAGUAUCUGUCCAUAGGACCACUUUAAGCCGUACACUCCACAGAGCUGGGCUUUACGGAAGAGUGGCCAGAAAAAAGCCAUUGCUUAAAGAAAACAAUAAGCAAACACGUUUGGUGUUUGCCAAAGGGCAUGUGGGAGACUCCCCAAACAUAUGGAAAAAGGUACUCUGGUCAGAUGAGACUAAAAUUGAGCUUUUUGGCCAUCAAGGAAAACGCUAUGUCUGGCGCAAACCCAACACCUCUCAUCACCCCGAGAACACCAUCCCCACAGUGAAGCAUGGUGGUGGCAGCAUCAUGCUGUGGGGAUGUUUUUCAUCGGCAGGGACUGGGAAACUGGUCAGAAUUGAAGGAAUGAUGGAUGGCGCUAAAUAUAUGGAAAUUCUUGAGGGAAACCUGUUUCAGUCUUCCAGAGAUUUGAGACUGGGACAGAGGUUCACCUUCCAGCAGGACAAUGACCCUAAGUAUACUGCUAAAGCAACACUUGAGUGGUUUAAGGGGAAACAUUUAAAUGUCUUGGAAUGGCCUAGUCAAAGCCCAGACCUCAAUCCAAUUGAGAAUCUGUUGUAUGACUUAAAGAUUGCUGUACACCAGCGGAACCUAUCCAACUUGAAGGAGCUGGAGCACUUUUGCCUUGAAGAAUGGGCCAAAAUCCCAGUAGCUAGAUGUGCCAAGCUUAAAGAGACAUCCCCCAAGAGACUUGCAGCUGUAAUUCUUGCAAAAGGUGGCUCUACAAAGUUUUGACUUUGGGGGGGAUGAAUAGCUAUGCACGCUCAAUGUUUUUGUUUUUUUCUUAUUUCUUGUUUGUUUCACAAGGACAAAUAUUUUGCAUCUUCAAAGUGGUAGGCAUGUUGUGUAAAUCAAAUGAUACAACCCCCCCCAAAAUCUAUUUUAAUUCCAGGUUGUAAGGCAACAAACUAGGAAAAAUGCCAAGGGGGAUGAAUACUUUCGCAAGACACUUUAUCUUAUGCUGUCUGUCUAAAAAUACUAUUGCAUGUCAUACUGUUUUUCGCCAGACGGCAUCAGAUACAUGGGCUACAUAUAGUAAAAUAGAUGGGCACUGUUUCACUCGCUCGGAUGCUUUCUCCGGUGACAAAGUUUCAGCCACUUGCGAAGUUAAGAAAAGUUGGUGAGUGCACUGUUUGGAUUCUGGAAUUAUUAUGGAUGAACGUCCGAAGGUAGCCUACUUCUUGAAGUGAUUUGUUUGACAAUCAAAUGAAAACAUCAUGACUGGUUGAGUUCAUGACAAAUUGAAAGGUAAUACAUUUUUACAGUUAAAUUACAUGUCUUUACUAUAAAACCCAUAAAAAAAUACAAAGUUAAAACGUGCCUUCCUAUGGAAAUCAAGUGCCCGUCCAACUGAUUCGUUCUGGCACCGGCCCUGCACAUUCCCCCUGGCACUGUAGAUCUUUUUACUGGAGGAGAGAGGAGAUGGCAUACAGCACAUGAUGCACUGAAUUAGCCUCUUUAGUCCAAUAGUUACAAAGUAUUCUCAAUGGGCUUCUUCCUCCCAAGGCCUGCAUCCAAAAUGCAUAUCCAUUCCUUAUUAAAGUUUUUUUUUUAAACAAGGAAUGCAUCUCCCUGUUAGUGAGACAGCUUUCUGGAUUUUCACAUUUACACAAACCCCACAAGUGUGCCCCCACAAAUGCAGGCAUGCACACACACACACAUACACACACACACACACACACACACACACACACACAUACACACACACACUAAAGUACUCUAGCUAUCUACUCAACGCAAAAGCAGACGCUGCCAGAGCGGUCAGGGGACAAUCUGUCAGUGUAAUUAGCAUUUAUGUGUCUAAUCAGUCAUGGGAAUGCCACAGGAUCCAUAAACUCUCUCUGUCAGUCCUGUGGAUUGUGCUCCACAGCACUCUGUCAGACACUGUCAUUGAGAUGGGGCUCUUGUGGCAAACAGGACCUGGAACACAUUAUAUGGCUUCAGCUAAAGAUGUUGACGUUUGGACUGGAGGAUAUGACAGUUUAAAUGGUGAAUCUCUUCCUCAUUGGAGAAAGACUGUCACAUGCAUGAGAAACACUUGGAUGUGUUCCUACUUGGGGUGGUCAUAUUUCAUCAUUAGUUUUUAUUUUAUUGAGUUCUGUAAUACCUAUGAUAGGCCUUCUCAGAUGGACUCAUCCAAUAUAAUGGUUAUCAUUCUGUCUUCUGACAUUAGUGUUCUGGAGGAGUAUGUGGGUCAGCUGAAAAAUACAAGUUUGUAAUUUCAGUUUUUCAGCUCCCAGUGUACGUACCUCUCAAGUUUUGCCUGAAAUCUCAACUUCAUGCUAAAUGUUGAGAUUAGUGCUCUGGUUUAGAGAUGGAAAGCUUUUCCUUGAAUUAGAUAUUUAUAUAAGCCUUGCCGUUUAUAGUGUUGGCAUGUGACAAAAGAUCCCUCCGAAGCUCCUAAUCAUUCCCGUCUCCUGCAUUUAACUAACAAAAACCCUCAACAAUUAUAGACCUGUUGUGGCUGCUGCCAAAGGAAUUCAGCUGGUCUAUUAAUUGCAUACUAUUCCCAAGCAGCAAUGUGUGCCCCAGAUGCUCCUGCAGGACAGGAUGGGGAAACCAUGCUAACAAUCCACACUAAUCACCAGCCACAGAGAACAUGUCCAUGGUUUACAUUUCCUGUGUAACAUUCAUUCACCCCCAUCACCGUCCAGUCCUUCCAUUGCAAUGUGGUGUUGUGGUUUCCAUGUUCGCCAUGUGACUAACUAAUAACAGAGUUGAAUCCAUGUCGUUUGUGAUGUAUGUGCCUGCCUUUUAUGUUUCUGUCCCCAUUUGUGUUUGUUUGUGUCUGGUCACCAUGUGCGUGGGUCAGUCACUAAGCGACGUAAGGCCCAUCUGAAGAGGCUGGACCGGAGAUGGACCCUGGGGGGAAUGGUCAGCAGGCAGCAGAGCCGAGGUGAUCUGAGACAGGGGGCCCACCUCCUCCUCUUCCUUCACCCCUCUAUCCUCUGACCCCUCACCUGUCCUCUUAUCCUGUCCCCAUUGUACCUUGUCCUGUCUUCUCUCUCAUACCUGAUUAGGGUUGAAAAGCUACUGGUAAUUCACCAAAGUUUACAGAAUCUUCAGUAAUUAUGGCAAUCUAUGGUAAUUUUGAUAAUUUAUACUUGAAUAACUUUAAAAACAUUUAUUCAUAUAAAGUGUAAAUGUUUUAUCUUUGUCCAUAUUGUCCAUGAGUUUCUAGUGGAUAGACCAUAUGGUUCAACAGAAAAUAGCCUAAUUAAUGAACAAAGCAUCUUAACAAUAAUGGCAUUAUUUUCAAUUAACUCUGCAACUCUUCCAACUAUUGACUUUUUUCACAACUGCCACCAGUUUGGCACCAUAACAUUUACAACAAAGACAUAUUUACAUAGUAAAAUAAAUACAAGUGUGUAAAAUAUAUAUAUAUUUACAUUUACAUUUUAGUCAUUUAGCAGACGCUCUUGCUCUCUCUCUCUCUCUCUCUCUCUCUCUCUCUAUAUAUAUAUAUAUAUAUAUAUAUAUAUAUAUAUAUAUAUAUUAUUUUUUUUACACACUUGUAUUUAUUUUACUAUGUAAAUAUGUCUAUAUAUAUAUAUAUAUAUCAAGAAUAUUUCAUACUGAAACCCUCAUUAAAGACCAAUGGUAUUCACUAAGUUGAUGGUUUAUAUUUAGGAUAAUGUUUUACAGCUUUGUCAUUCUAUUAUUAUUAUUAUUAUUAUUAUUAUUAUUAUUAUUUUAAUCUUUGUACAGACACCUGUGAUCAUUUGACAUACCCAAAAGGGCUACUAGAUGUCUUGUGAUAAAUUACAUAAAAUCCUUGAAAGUUACCUGGUAGUUUACAGAUAAACUUCUAAAGUUUCUAGUAAAAUACCCUCGCUUUGCAACCCUAUACCUGAUGCCUAAUGUAUUGUCUUGUGUCAUAUGCCAUCUGCUACACCAUCAUGACCCACACCCAAUAAUCACUAACAUUGUUAUUAACCAGCUAAUAAAAAGUCCAGCCAUGUCAUUACCAUGCUAAAUAGGUUUUCACAUCCACAUUGGCGGCUUGCAACAGUUACAGAUUUGACCUUAUGCUAGAAGAUAAACAUGCAAAAAAUGUACCAUCUUGUUGUUACUCAGUUUCUACACUUGAAUGUGGUAGUCUUGAAAUCAAAGAUGAAGUCAGCAACUUUUAUUUCAGGAAGUUGAGUGAAAUUAUAUUACAGUAUAUAAUGAGAUUGUCUCAUGUAAGCAGUUAAUUUUAAUACACUGCUAUGUGUAACUCCAAUCUUUUCUGAAUUACAGCUAUAGCUGCACAACCAUCUAAAAGUCGCAGCAUAACUGACUUUAGUAGGCCGCAUACAAUAUUUUGCCACUUUGUUUGGCUUUUUACGAGCAAAUGAAACAUGAACACGUAUGUACUUUUCAAAGGAGUUAAAAAGCCAGACGUUUAUCGACUGGAGGUGUUGAGAGCAAGCAGGUCUGCCGAUGGACCAGGCCAGUAAAGAGUUGUAUUCAUCUUUCGGAGAAAGAGUGUUUGUGCUUGCACACAUUAGCCUUGCCUCGAGACAGGUUUUUUUUGACAGGGGAUGCAGUUGGAUUGCUGACAGUGGAGUGAGGAUAGGCUAUUUGAGUCCACCCCAAGGUUUGUGCUUGGCAACAGUGUCUACAGUGCACAAAAAAAUGAAUGGCCUCCAGAGUAGAAAGAGCUUUUUCCACUGCAGGAACUAAAUCUCGCCUGUGAAAAAAAAGCAGAAAUAGCGCUGACUGCAGGAAAAUAGUGUAUAAAAGUUAUGCAAGCUAUGCAUGUUGUGGUUAACAUAAUAUCUGAUUCAGAGUUUCCCCCCGCUGGUGAGUGUGAGCUCAGGAAGGUUGAACAGGGUUGCCCCUGUUCAACCUUUAAAGCCCUACCAGGCCUUAAACCGAGAGACCGGAAGUCCCAUAGGUCAGUGCAGGGGAAAGCAAAGCAUACAGGAAGUGGUUUUUUCAGUUCUAUUUACACGGCUGUACAUGGGCCUAUUUCUUUGAAAGUAAUAGGUAUUUUAGCUAUAUCCUUAUUCAGUUCUUCUAAAUCCCUGAUUGAGACUCAACAGGGGCAGAGGAAAGGAGAGAGAUAUCAGAUAGGAAUCCAGUGAUUCCAGAGGUAUUAAAAUGGUCUUAGCAUGCAGAUAGGAUAUCCCCUCUUCUCUCUUUACUCUGUUGGGCAUCAUUACUUUUCUCCUGCCGUUUUACGGUGUGAUGAGAUGAGACAUCUGGUCUGCAAUGACAGGAAGUACUGUCACUGAGCGUGCCCUCUGGCCUUUUGGGAAGUUACAAAUCAAGAUGGCAUCUCUGUUCUCUAUCAUCAGCGGAGUGUACAGAGACUGAGCGCCACCACGACAUUAGUCAACAUCAAUUCAACGUCUAUUCCACGUUGGUUCAACGUAAUUUCAUUGACAUGACAUGGAAACAACGUUGAUUCAACCAGUGUGUGCCCAGUGGGGUAGAACUGUUUUUCCCAUUUCAAGAGACCAGGGUUUAUGAGUUUAUUUUGUCCCAUAUUCACACUGAGUAAUCAACUAUCAUGACAUCAAGUCAAGGUAAUUGUCAGUUGCUGCAGGAUUGCAUUUUCAGUAUGAAGUGAUUGACAUCAUUUUUGUUAAUUAGAGUGUCCCUGAUUCUUUGAAUUAUUUGAUAGUAAAAUGCUGGAUAUCUUUGUAGAUCUGACAGAAUCAAUCACAUCAGAACUACACACAGACACAUUUCAUUAGGUCUACAUACUUCUAUAUUUGUAGCCUAGAUACAGUGCCUUCAGAAAAUAUUCACACCCCUUGACUUUUCCUAGAUAUGUCUUUAUUUACUUUGACUUCCUCUGAGGUGUUUAUACCAUUGUUACAGUAGGGAGACCGGGGUUGGUUGUCUCACGGGUUGGUUGUCAUAGUGCUUAUUACUCAAAAUCCAAGGGAGGCAGCAGAGCCGAGGUGAUCUGACAGGGGGCCCACCUCCUCCUCUUCCUUCACCCCUCAUCCCUCUAUCCUCUGACCCUAAUCAUUUCAAGAUCAAAAUGUGCGUCCUCUAUAGGAGAGGUAAUCCGUGUGGUCAAUUCAGGUCAGGAUCACAAAACAUUCAGGUGAGAGCAACAUUUUUCAUCUGUGAAAGUAAAUAUUCAUAUGCUUGUUAUUUAUUUAAUUAAUAGUUGUAUGAGGGGAGUAUCCAUACUUUGUAACUUGUAUUGAAAAGAGGAAAGGGAGCUUUAUUUCAAGCCUAUUUGUGAGUUCCUAGGUCAAGCCAUGUGGUAACUAGCAUCUUAAUUAGCGUUGGGGAUGGUUGUCACAUUGAUGUUUGGGUGCUUGUCACAAUCUGACAACCGUCCCCAUUGUAACAAUGUACCCAUAAUCUAAAUGACGUUGAAAAGACGCCUUGAAGACUUAUUUUCCGGACGCUGAAAAGACGUAUAGUACCAGUCAAAAGUUUGAACACACCUACUCAUUCAAGGGUUUUUCUUUAUUUUUACUAUUUUCUACAUUGUAGAAUAAUAGUGAAGACAUCAAACUAUGAAAUAACAAAUAUGUAAUCAUGUAGCAACCAAAAAAGUGUUAAACAAAUCAAAAUAUAUUUUAUAUUUGAGAUUCUUCAAAUAGCAUUCUCUCAACCAGCUUCACCUGGAAUGCUUUUCCAACAGUCUUGAAGGAGUUCCCACAUAUGCUGAGCACUUGUUGGCUGCCAUCUCAAUUGGGUUGAGGUCGGGGGAUUGUGGAGGCCAGGUCAUCUGAUGCAGCACUCAUCACUCUCCUUCUUGGUAAAAUAGCCCUUACACAGCCUGGAGGUGUGUUGGGUCAUUGUCCUGUUGAAAAACAGAUGAUAGUCCCACUAAGCCCAAACCAGAUGGCGUAUCGCUGCAGAAUCCUGUGGUAGCCAUUCUGGUUAAGUGUGCCUUGAAUUCGAAAUAAAUCACAGACAGUGUCACCAGCAGAGCACCCCCACACCAUAACACCUCCUCCUCCAUGCUUUAUGGUGGGAACUACACAUGCUGAGAUCAUCCGUUCACCCACACCGCGUCUCUCAAAUACACGGCGGUUUGAACCAAAAAGCUCAAAUUUCCACCGGUAUAAUGUCCAUUGCUCGUGUUUCUUGCCCCAAGCAGGUCUCUUAUUAUUAUUGGUGUCCUUUAGUAGUGGUUUCUUCGCAGCAAUUCGACCAUGAAGGCCUGAUUCACACAGUCUCCUCUGAACAGUUGAUGUUGAGAUGUGUCUGUUACUUGAACUCUAUGAAGCAUUUAUUUGGGCUGCAAUUUCUGAGGCUGGUAACUCUAAUGAACUUAUCCUCUGGCGGUCCUCAUGAGAGCCAGUUCCCCCCCCCCUACCUUGUCACAACACAACUGAUUGGCUCAAACACAUUAAGAAGGAAAUACAUUUCACAAAUUAACUUUUAAGAAGGCACACCUGUUAAUUGAAAUGCAUUCCAGGUGACUACCUCAUGAAGCUGGUUGAGAGAAUGCCAAGAGUGUGCAAAGCUGUCAUCAAGGCAAAGGGUGGCUAUUUGAAGAAUCUCAAAUAUAAAAUAUAUUUUGAUUUGUUUAACACUUUUUUGGUUACUACGUGAUUCCAUAUGUGUUAUUUCAUAGUUGUGAUGUCUUCACUAUUAUUCUACAAUGUAGAAAAUGAGUAGGUGUGUCCAAACUUUUGACUGGUAGCGUAUGUGUUUCACAAGUUUGGACAGCACAGUAAAGCACAGCACAGUACAGUCUAGUAGAGUUUAAUUCAACAGAGUACAGUGCAGUACAGUACAGUACAGUUUAAUUCAGUAGAGUACAGUAGAGCAAAAUACAGUACAAUAGAGUUUAAUUCAGUAGAGUACAGUAUAUUAGAGUACAGUGCCAUGCAGUUUAAUUCAGUAGAGUACAGUACAGUAGAGCAAAGUAGAGUACAGUACAGUUGAGUUUAAUUCAGUAGAGUACAGUAUUUAAGAGUACAGUGCAGUACAGUGCCAUAGAGUACAGUUGAAUUCAGUAUAGUGCAGUACAGUAAAACAUAGUAGAGUACAGUAGGAUACAAUACAGUGUGUUACUGUACUCUACCUUACUGUGCUGUACUCUACACUUCUGUACUGUACCGAACUAUACUCUACUUUACCUUUCUUUACUCUACUUCUGUACUGUACCGAACUAUACUCUACUUUACCUUUCUUUACUCUACUUCUUUACUGUACUGUACUGUACGUACUGUAUGUACUCUACUGUACUCUACUGUACUCUGCUGUACUGUACUCUACUGUACUCUACUGUACUGUACUCUACUGUACUGUACUCUACUGUAUACUGUUCCUGUUUGAAAAAGCAUUCCUUGUUUUCAACAACAACAAAAAAAUUGUUAACACAAAUGUUUACAGCUUUAUCAAAAUAUUAAUUGUUCAUCCAAAUAUCAGAUGGUUACUGUUGUUUUAUAAAGCAUUGAUAUGACGAUUUGAGUGGAGAAAGAACUACAAUGUCAAAACAAAUAUUAAACUAUGUUGAAUUUAUUUUCAUGUAUUUAUUUGUAUGAUGUUAGAUAGAAAUACUGUUCAAUAAAUAAAGGCUUUACUUUUUCUAAAACUUCAAUUGUUGCUGAAAAACAAAUGGCAAACACUGUGACAACCAACCCCGUACUGUGUGACAACCAACCCCAGGAUGAAGCUGGGUGUCACAAGUGGACAGAAUCUGUUUGAUGGCUUAUAACGCCAUAUUUGAAUAAGUUAUGAGGAUAAAAAGGGUCCCCCAUUUCAACCCAAGACCUUGGUCUUUCUCCUAACAUUGAAAAUAGUAUUGUAAGAUAUACUGGUGCUGAGAAAUACACAAUUUGGUCAAAGGUGUGACAAUCAACACUGUUCUCCCCUACCUCCUAUAAAAUGUUGACAUAUUUUACAUUUGUUUGAGUAAUGUUUUGUUGUAGAAUCAGCAUAGGAAGUUUGAAACUGACGUGAGUCUCUUGUGUUCCCAUGCCCUCUGUGGCCCGACAGAGGAGAAGUAUAUGACAGUGCAGCCGUACAGCAGCGAGGGGAAGGAUGAGAUCGCCUUUGAGAAAGGAGUCAUCGUGGAGGUCAUCCAGAAGAACCUGGAGGGCUGGUGGUUCAUUAGGUAAGGCCAUGAUUUGUGCUCCAACCACAAUAUAAACUGUUGCCUGUUGAUGCUGUCUCUUGAUUGGUUAUUCUCACUCAUGAUCACCCCCUCUUCCCUUUCCUUCCAUCCUCCCUUCCUCUCUCCUUCUCUCUCCCCAGGUACCAGGAUAAGGAGGGCUGGGCCCCGGCCUCCUACCUGAAGAAGGUGAAGGAGGAUUUCUCUCCCCGUAGUAGUAAUAAGAAGAACCCCUUGACUGGCCCGGUGGAGAUAAUCGGCAACAUCAUGGAGAUCAGCAACCUGCUCAACAAGAAGGCCCUGAGUGAGAAGGACGUGCAGACGGACGGCCAGCCAGAGGACACCCCCCUGACCACCCUCUCCUUGGCCAAGAGGCAGAUCAGCCUGCCCAAACCCUGCUCUAGCUCGGACUUCAGCCCUGGUGCCGCCCUGGUGGACGGAAAGGGCAAAGCAGAACCGGCCUCUCCAGCCAUAGCCCGCAUCACUCCUCACAGAAUAGAGAUCGGUGAGUUGUCAUUCAGAGAUGGAAUUGGAAGGCAUAGCGGUUUGUUAAACUAAUACAUUCACAGAAUUUAUAUCACAAUCUCAUUUUCUUCUAUCUAGGCUCCCCAAUCCUCAGACAAAAGCCACCACCUCGAAGAGAUGCAACUCUGGUCAGUAUGAAAAUAAACAUUACUUAGUUUAAGUUGAAAGUUGGACUGUAUUUGACCAUUGUUAUUGUUUCCUUUUAACACUAGAACGCCAUAGGCCAAUGGCCACUGCUUUUUGAUUAUUUUUUUUAUCUAUAAAAAAAUGCCCCCCAAAAAAUGCUACGUCCUGCUCCUUCCCUGACUUUUCCAAAAUGUUUGUAUAUAUUUUACAUUGCUCAUUUGUCCGAGUUUUUAAAUCACCCGCCAAGACAAUGCACUGUAGGACGUUGGUACCCAGCCAGGUGCUAAUGUGUCUCUCUCUCCUCACUGAAUGACAAAUGGAUGAAUCUGCGAUAAUUGUGCAAGUUACUUCACAAUUGAAUUUAAAUUAGGCCUAACUGAAUGAUAAGGAGGGUGAAGAGGUUGAUUUAAAUUAGAAAGACAAUAGUGUAAUAAUGAGUUUGUAUUAUGCCUAUUUAUCAGCGUUGGGGCUCAAUAAUUGUAUAAUUUGACCGUGCCUUGCGGGUUGAUACCUUUCUCUUUUACUAUUUACUAUUAUUUAAAAAUAAUCUACAGUAUUACGGGACUGUUUGAUUUAUUAUAACUCUAUUACUUAUCACAUUUAUUGUAAGGGAAAUGAAAACAUGCUACAUGUUGCAGUAGGCCUUUAGAAUAAUGCAAAACAUCCGUGACUUUAUCUAAGUUGAUGAGCGGGGAAACAAAUAAUGCCCGUCAGCCUGUGCCGCCGGCCCAUCAAAACUACACCUAAACUAUAUAGAAACUCAUUUCACACAAAAUAAGAGUUAGCCUAUAGACAAGAUUAAAUUGACAAUAGUCUGAUGAGUGACAAUAUUAUCAGUUGUCAAAUAGUACAUGAAGAGAUGGGCACAGCUUGUAAUUGACAGAUGCAGGGAAAAGAGCAUCACUUUAUCAAAUCCUACUUCAGAGUCACAUGCAUGUAAAACGUUUUGAUUUCUAUAUAGUAUCAGAAAGAUCAUAUUCUGCAGUUUCUAUGACACUUACCUUUGUCAAAUAACUCUCAAAAUUCAAGAGGUGCAGCUCUAUUUAAAAAUGUCACUUUUUCCAAGAAUAUCUGCGCUGUCCAUGGCAUCAGCACAUUAUGCUGCGGCAUUGCUCUGACUACUAAGCAAAGACUAGUAACAUAAUAAACUUAAAGCAUGCUAUUCUGUUUUCAUUUAAAUACAUUUUCUUAUUUCCACAAUGUUUAUUUUGACCUGCCAAAACUGAAUUAUAAUGGAUUUCUUUGUGAUGGACUUGACCUAGUGGUUUUUCGUUUUUACUUAUAAACUAAUGAAAAUGCUAUUAUGUUCUUUGAAAUAAUUGUUUUUUAGUAUUCUAAUGUUACCUAAGACCUUUAUAAACACAACCAAAUGAUUAUUCUUCUGAUAGCAUAUAUGAAAUGUAUUUAUUAGACUGUUCGAAUGUUGUUGAUACAUCAUUGGCUGGAAGUGUCCUAAAUUGGCUUUAGGCCUAUGUUUUUCACUAGGACUUUGUAGAAUUAUACAAAACAUAUCCUUUACUCUAUCUAAAUAAAUAACGGUUGUUAUAUUUUUGCAUGGAUAUGUUUCCACUGAUAUUUCUUCAUUCAAUUCAUGGUUUACAAUUGUUUAUGCACUAUUUAUCAAGCGUUGGUGCUUAUGUUUGCGCACCUUGCGGGUUGAUAUGCAUCUGAUGCGUCUGCUAAAGGUGACACCCGGCAACGUUAUCAACGUUUCAUAGUGGGUACUUAUAGGCUCAAAGGCCAGGCAGUUCUAGUGUAAACAGUAUCAACUGCACAAUAUUCAUAAUGUUGUAACAUUUUUUCCACUCAGGGAUCCAAUUUACCCUCACCACCAGAGCCACCUACUGUUGAAGCAGAGUACUAUACCAUUGCAGAGUUCCAGUCUGUCAUUUCAGAUGGCAUUAGUUUUAAUGGAGGGCAGAAAGCAGACGUAAGCUUUUUUCAUGUUUAUUUUGGAGUGCAUACAUGUCCAAUGUGUUUAUUGUUUUCUUGAAAUGAACAGAUACUGCAUGUAGUUAAUGAGGCCUAUUUCUCCCCAUGUAUUCUCUCUAUUCUGUCCUGUAGGUGAUCGAGAAGAACUCUGGUGGCUGGUGGUAUGUCCAGAUCGGGGAGAAAGAGGGGUGGGCUCCCUGCUCCUACAUCGACAAACGAAAGAAGCCCAACCUAAACCGCAGAACCAGCACUCUGAGCCGCCCCAAAGUCCCGCCCCCAGCCCCGCCCGUCAAGAAGCAGGACUCUGACGAAACCGCCCCUCCCAGCAGCCCUGGGUCCGAGGCUCCAGAGUCCCCUGGAUCUCCUGGGAGGCCUGUGUACGAGGAGCCAGAAUAUGACAUUCCUGCCAUUGGGUUUGAUCUGGAGUCAGAGUUUGAGUUCCUCAGGACAGAUGGGUCCUCUGUGGAUGGGAAGAAUGAGGAUGGCUCCUCAGAGAAGGGCUCUCAUCUGUCCUCCAAGCCGUCUCCAGCCUCUUCUCUCCACAGCGCCUCCUUCAAGAUGGGUGAGUCGUCAGAGGACGUGGGGCAGGAAGAAGAGGAGCCUGAGGGAGAGGAGUGUAUCUAUGAGAAUGAUGGCUUCAAGCCUUUCAGAGAGAUGCCUGAUACACAAUCCAGUGGCGACUUGGACUCCCCGAAGAUGAGCGCCCAGUUGGAGACUAGCAAGGCUGAAAACUCUCACUCCACAUUGGGGGCAAGGAGAAAAGGGAAGAAUAUCCAGCUGGAGCUGAACGGAAGCCAGUCCCAUUCUCCAACCAAAGCAGAGGCUGGGGCGUCCAGCCCCAAACCUGCCUCCACAGAGUCCACCCCAGAUUUAUCCAAGCAGUCCAGGCCCAAGAAGGACAAAGAGGAACACAGAAUGGGUUCCACCAAGUCAUCUACUAAACCUAAGCCAGUGGUCAGGCCUAAGCCCCAGCUGGCCAAGGCCUCCAGUGCAGAGAAGAUGGACAUCAGCAGCCUCCGGAGACAGCUGAGGCCUACAGGGCAGCUGAAGAAGGGCUCCAGAGGAGAAGACUUUGAAACAGCCUCUGUCAUCUCCUCUGAGGACUCUGUGUCCUCCCACAGCACCUCCGACCUCUCCUCCAUCUACUCUAAAGGCAGCCGUGGCGACUCAGACGAGGGCUGCAGCCUCUACCGCACCACAGACACCUAUAAGAAGGUCCAGGACUCAGAGAUGAGCUUCCCUGCUGGGGUGGAAGUGGAGGUGCUGGAGAAGCAGGAGAGCGGCUGGUGGUACGUCCGCUGGGGCGACGCUGAGGGCUGGGCUCCAACCUACUACCUGGAGCCUGUCAGGCAACUGGACGACACAGCUGGGUCCGAGUCCGAUGGCACCCCUACCAAGCCGGGCAGCCUGAGCAAGUCCAACAGCCUGGAGAAGAACGAGCAGAGGGUCCAGGCCCUGAACAACAUCAACCAGAGCCUGAAGAGGAGCACACCUCCCAUCCCCUCCAAACCGCCGGGGGGGCUCUCCAAGCCCUUUGUCCUGUUCAACAGCUUGCACAAGCAGAGGAAUGGUACGAAACAGCAGCAGGUGGUCAGGCCUCAGUCUGUCUUCAUCUCCGGGCCGAUCAUCGACAGCCCAAACACAGUCGGCUCCCUUAGGAGGGGCGAGUCACUCAACUCCACCGACCACCCACGCUCUAGUCCUACUGUGCGCCGCAAUGCUUCCUUUGGUACAGCUACGCGGGGCCCAGCGCCGAACGGUAACAUGGCGAACCGGAACAGACCCGGCACGGGCAGCUCCGAAUCACUGGGCCGGGGGUCUCAGAGGAACGGUCUACCUGUUUCCACUGUGAAACCCAAACCCCACCUCAUCCACAACAACCUCCGUGAGGUGUAUGUCUCCAUAGCAGAUUACCAUGGUGAUGAGGAGACCAUGGGGUUCCCUGAAGGAACGACUCUGGAGGUUCUGGAGAGGAACCCUAAUGGGUGGUGGUACUGCCAGAUCCUGGAUGGAGGUCGACCUCGGAAAGGCUGGGUCCCCUCAAACUACCUGGAAAGGAAGAACUAGUAACACGCUUAUGUUCAGUGCUUGUGCAAUCAGGUCAUCAGGUCAGAGACCAUGGAAGACAGUGUAAAUGGAAAUGGAAAGAAGACACUGCUUUUUUACAUUUUAUAGAUGGAAAUCAGAAGAGACAAUGUAUCAUCUAAGUGGCAUCCUUUGUAUUUUCUAAACUGAGGGUGGCCAACCCAUCCUGGCAUUUCACUUCUUGACAUUUUAUUAUUCUCAUCUAAAGUGACAAAAUAAAGCACUUCAACGUGCAAGUUUUAGACAGGAUUUUAUCUGUUCACAGACAGCCGGGUGGACGGAACAAAUACCUUAGGCAUUAAAAUCAACAGAUGGUCAACCAUAUUAAACGAAAUAAUGAAACAAAAGUGGUUGAUUUGAUGAAAUGUGCUUUUUAAUCCAAAAUUGAAGAAUAAUGUGACUUGGACACAAGAGGAGGAGCUUUGGACAGCUUUGGCUGGUGAUGAUCCUUUAUAACAGCUAGAGAGGGUUUGUAAUAUGAUAACAUUACUUACUUAAUGAUUUCCAAUGGGCAAAACAUUACUCACUUCACAUUUUAUCAUAAAACAUUGAUUUAAAAAAAAGUGUCACUUUUGAAAGCUUUUUGCAUGGUUAAAAUGUUUCUAUGCUGACCAAGCCUUGGGCCCUUUUUAAGUAAACAUUUCUCUUCAAAUGUUUUGUAUGUUGUGUUUAAAAGAUUUUUUCAUAUGUUAAAUGCCAUCUGCAGAAUGUCUUGACCAUGUUUUUAAGUAACUUUUUUUGUGAAGUUUAAUGUAUAUUUUAUGUAAUAAUUUGAUAUAGCUUUAUGUGUGUAUGUCAUCUUGUUGUAAAGUGUAUAUUCUGUCCAUUUAUUACAGUAUGUAAGUCAUUUUAAAUCUCUUAAAGCUACAGUCUGCGAUUUCUUUUUACAGGGUCCCUGCCACUUGUUUUGGUAUACAGCUGAAGGAUAGGGGUAGGGAAAGUUUGAGACAUGUUGUGCUGUAGCUCAUGAGGCAUUUAUAAGUAUAUUCUUCAAGAAUCAAUGGGUAAAUAUCAAGAAUUUAAAUAACAAU